AUGGAUCAUACAGCGACAUAUAAGGGAUGGAUUGGUGGGAGCGGUGGGAGCGGUGGGAGCGGUGGGAGUGGAGUGGCAAGGAGUGGCAGGAGUGCAGGAGUGGCAGGAGUGGCAGGAGUGGCAGGAGUGGCAGGAGUGGCAGGAGUGGCAGGAGUGGCAGGAGUGGCAGGAGUGGCAGGAGUGGCAGGAGUGGCAGGAGUGGCAGGAGUGGCAGGAGUGGCAGGAGUGGCAGGAGUGGCAGGAGUGGCAGGAGUGGCAGGAGUGGCAGGAGUGGCAGGAGUGGCAGGAGUGGCAGGAGUGGCAGGAGUGGCAGGAGUGGCAGGAGUGGCAGGAGUGGCAGGAGUGGCAGGAGUGGCAGGAGUGGCAGGAGUGGCAGGAGUGGCAGGAGUGGCAGGAGUGGCAGGAGUGGCAGGAGUGGCAGGAGUGGCAGGAGUGGCAGGAGUGGCAGGAGUGGCAGGAGUGGCAGGAGUGGCAGGAGUGGCAGGAGUGGCAGGAGUGGCAGGAGUGGCAGGAGUGGCAGGAGUGGCAGGAGUGGCAGGAGUGGCAGGAGUGGCAGGAGUGGCAGGAGUGGCAGGAGUGGCAGGAGUGGCAGGAGUGGCAGGAGUGGCAGGAGUGGCAGGAGUGGCAGGAGUGGCAGGAGUGGCAGGAGUGGCAGGAGUGGCAGGAGUGGCAGGAGUGGCAGGAGUGGCAGGAGUGGCAGGAGUGGCAGGAGUGGCAGGAGUGGCAGGAGUGGCAGGAGUGGCAGGAGUGGCAGGAGUGGCAGGAGUGGCAGGAGUGGCAGGAGUGGCAGGAGUGGCAGGAGUGGCAGGAGUGGCAGGAGUGGCAGGAGUGGCAGGAGUGGCAGGAGUGGCAGGAGUGGCAGGAGUGGCAGGAGUGGCAGGAGUGGCAGGAGUGGCAGGAGUGGCAGGAGUGGCAGGAGUGGCAGGAGUGGCAGGAGUGGCAGGAGUGGCAGGAGUGGCAGGAGUGGCAGGAGUGGCAGGAGUGGCAGGAGUGGCAGGAGUGGCAGGAGUGGCAGGAGUGGCAGGAGUGGCAGGAGUGGCAGGAGUGGCAGGAGUGGCAGGAGUGGCAGGAGUGGCAGGAGUGGCAGGAGUGGCAGGAGUGGCAGGAGUGGCAGGAGUGGCAGGAGUGGCAGGAGUGGCAGGAGUGGCAGGAGUGGCAGGAGUGGCAGGAGUGGCAGGAGUGGCAGGAGUGGCAGGAGUGGCAGGAGUGGCAGGAGUGGCAGGAGUGGCAGGAGUGGCAGGAGUGGCAGGAGUGGCAGGAGUGGCAGGAGUGGCAGGAGUGGCAGGAGUGGCAGGAGUGGCAGGAGUGGCAGGAGUGGCAGGAGUGGCAGGAGUGGCAGGAGUGGCAGGAGUGGCAGGAGUGGCAGGAGUGGCAGGAGUGGCAGGAGUGGCAGGAGUGGCAGGAGUGGCAGGAGUGGCAGGAGUGGCAGGAGUGGCAGGAGUGGCAGGAGUGGCAGGAGUGGCAGGAGUGGCAGGAGUGGCAGGAGUGGCAGGAGUGGCAGGAGUGGCAGGAGUGGCAGGAGUGGCAGGAGUGGCAGGAGUGGCAGGAGUGGCAGGAGUGGCAGGAGUGGCAGGAGUGGCAGGAGUGGCAGGAGUGGCAGGAGUGGCAGGAGUGGCAGGAGUGGCAGGAGUGGCAGGAGUGGCAGGAGUGGCAGGAGUGGCAGGAGUGGCAGGAGUGGCAGGAGUGGCAGGAGUGGCAGGAGUGGCAGGAGUGGCAGGAGUGGCAGGAGUGGCAGGAGUGGCAGGAGUGGCAGGAGUGGCAGGAGUGGCAGGAGUGGCAGGAGUGGCAGGAGUGGCAGGAGUGGCAGGAGUGGCAGGAGUGGCAGGAGUGGCAGGAGUGGCAGGAGUGGCAGGAGUGGCAGGAGUGGCAGGAGUGGCAGGAGUGGCAGGAGUGGCAGGAGUGGCAGGAGUGGCAGGAGUGGCAGGAGUGGCAGGAGUGGCAGGAGUGGCAGGAGUGGCAGGAGUGGCAGGAGUGGCAGGAGUGGCAGGAGUGGCAGGAGUGGCAGGAGUGGCAGGAGUGGCAGGAGUGGCAGGAGUGGCAGGAGUGGCAGGAGUGGCAGGAGUGGCAGGAGUGGCAGGAGUGGCAGGAGUGGCAGGAGUGGCAGGAGUGGCAGGAGUGGCAGGAGUGGCAGGAGUGGCAGGAGUGGCAGGAGUGGCAGGAGUGGCAGGAGUGGCAGGAGUGGCAGGAGUGGCAGGAGUGGCAGGAGUGGCAGGAGUGGCAGGAGUGGCAGGAGUGGCAGGAGUGGCAGGAGUGGCAGGAGUGGCAGGAGUGGCAGGAGUGGCAGGAGUGGCAGGAGUGGCAGGAGUGGCAGGAGUGGCAGGAGUGGCAGGAGUGGCAGGAGUGGCAGGAGUGGCAGGAGUGGCAGGAGUGGCAGGAGUGGCAGGAGUGGCAGGAGUGGCAGGAGUGGCAGGAGUGGCAGGAGUGGCAGGAGUGGCAGGAGUGGCAGGAGUGGCAGGAGUGGCAGGAGUGGCAGGAGUGGCAGGAGUGGCAGGAGUGGCAGGAGUGGCAGGAGUGGCAGGAGUGGCAGGAGUGGCAGGAGUGGCAGGAGUGGCAGGAGUGGCAGGAGUGGCAGGAGUGGCAGGAGUGGCAGGAGUGGCAGGAGUGGCAGGAGUGGCAGGAGUGGCAGGAGUGGCAGGAGUGGCAGGAGUGGCAGGAGUGGCAGGAGUGGCAGGAGUGGCAGGAGUGGCAGGAGUGGCAGGAGUGGCAGGAGUGGCAGGAGUGGCAGGAGUGGCAGGAGUGGCAGGAGUGGCAGGAGUGGCAGGAGUGGCAGGAGUGGCAGGAGUGGCAGGAGUGGCAGGAGUGGCAGGAGUGGCAGGAGUGGCAGGAGUGGCAGGAGUGGCAGGAGUGGCAGGAGUGGCAGGAGUGGCAGGAGUGGCAGGAGUGGCAGGAGUGGCAGGAGUGGCAGGAGUGGCAGGAGUGGCAGGAGUGGCAGGAGUGGCAGGAGUGGCAGGAGUGGCAGGAGUGGCAGGAGUGGCAGGAGUGGCAGGAGUGGCAGGAGUGGCAGGAGUGGCAGGAGUGGCAGGAGUGGCAGGAGUGGCAGGAGUGGCAGGAGUGGCAGGAGUGGCAGGAGUGGCAGGAGUGGCAGGAGUGGCAGGAGUGGCAGGAGUGGCAGGAGUGGCAGGAGUGGCAGGAGUGGCAGGAGUGGCAGGAGUGGCAGGAGUGGCAGGAGUGGCAGGAGUGGCAGGAGUGGCAGGAGUGGCAGGAGUGGCAGGAGUGGCAGGAGUGGCAGGAGUGGCAGGAGUGGCAGGAGUGGCAGGAGUGGCAGGAGUGGCAGGAGUGGCAGGAGUGGCAGGAGUGGCAGGAGUGGCAGGAGUGGCAGGAGUGGCAGGAGUGGCAGGAGUGGCAGGAGUGGCAGGAGUGGCAGGAGUGGCAGGAGUGGCAGGAGUGGCAGGAGUGGCAGGAGUGGCAGGAGUGGCAGGAGUGGCAGGAGUGGCAGGAGUGGCAGGAGUGGCAGGAGUGGCAGGAGUGGCAGGAGUGGCAGGAGUGGCAGGAGUGGCAGGAGUGGCAGGAGUGGCAGGAGUGGCAGGAGUGGCAGGAGUGGCAGGAGUGGCAGGAGUGGCAGGAGUGGCAGGAGUGGCAGGAGUGGCAGGAGUGGCAGGAGUGGCAGGAGUGGCAGGAGUGGCAGGAGUGGCAGGAGUGGCAGGAGUGGCAGGAGUGGCAGGAGUGGCAGGAGUGGCAGGAGUGGCAGGAGUGGCAGGAGUGGCAGGAGUGGCAGGAGUGGCAGGAGUGGCAGGAGUGGCAGGAGUGGCAGGAGUGGCAGGAGUGGCAGGAGUGGCAGGAGUGGCAGGAGUGGCAGGAGUGGCAGGAGUGGCAGGAGUGGCAGGAGUGGCAGGAGUGGCAGGAGUGGCAGGAGUGGCAGGAGUGGCAGGAGUGGCAGGAGUGGCAGGAGUGGCAGGAGUGGCAGGAGUGGCAGGAGUGGCAGGAGUGGCAGGAGUGGCAGGAGUGGCAGGAGUGGCAGGAGUGGCAGGAGUGGCAGGAGUGGCAGGAGUGGCAGGAGUGGCAGGAGUGGCAGGAGUGGCAGGAGUGGCAGGAGUGGCAGGAGUGGCAGGAGUGGCAGGAGUGGCAGGAGUGGCAGGAGUGGCAGGAGUGGCAGGAGUGGCAGGAGUGGCAGGAGUGGCAGGAGUGGCAGGAGUGGCAGGAGUGGCAGGAGUGGCAGGAGUGGCAGGAGUGGCAGGAGUGGCAGGAGGAGUGGCAGGAGUGGCAGGAGUGGCAGGAGUGGCAGGAGUGGCAGGAGUGGCAGGAGUGGCAGGAGUGGCAGGAGUGGCAGGAGUGGCAGGAGUGGCAGGAGUGGCAGGAGUGGCAGGAGUGGCAGGAGUGGCAGGAGUGGCAGGAGUGGCAGGAGUGGCAGGAGUGGCAGGAGUGGCAGGAGUGGCAGGAGUGGCAGGAGUGGCAGGAGUGGCAGGAGUGGCAGGAGUGGCAGGAGUGGCAGGAGUGGCAGGAGUGGCAGGAGUGGCAGGAGUGGCAGGAGUGGCAGGAGUGGCAGGAGUGGCAGGAGUGGCAGGAGUGGCAGGAGUGGCAGGAGUGGCAGGAGUGGCAGGAGUGGCAGGAGUGGCAGGAGUGGCAGGAGUGGCAGGAGUGGCAGGAGUGGCAGGAGUGGCAGGAGUGGCAGGAGUGGCAGGAGUGGCAGGAGUGGCAGGAGUGGCAGGAGUGGCAGGAGUGGCAGGAGUGGCAGGAGUGGCAGGAGUGGCAGGAGUGGCAGGAGUGGCAGGAGUGGCAGGAGUGGCAGGAGUGGCAGGAGUGGCAGGAGUGGCAGGAGUGGCAGGAGUGGCAGGAGUGGCAGGAGUGGCAGGAGUGGCAGGAGUGGCAGGAGUGGCAGGAGUGGCAGGAGUGGCAGGAGUGGCAGGAGUGGCAGGAGUGGCAGGAGUGGCAGGAGUGGCAGGAGUGGCAGGAGUGGCAGGAGUGGCAGGAGUGGCAGGAGUGGCAGGAGUGGCAGGAGUGGCAGGAGUGGCAGGAGUGGCAGGAGUGGCAGGAGUGGCAGGAGUGGCAGGAGUGGCAGGAGUGGCAGGAGUGGCAGGAGUGGCAGGAGUGGCAGGAGUGGCAGGAGUGGCAGGAGUGGCAGGAGUGGCAGGAGUGGCAGGAGUGGCAGGAGUGGCAGGAGUGGCAGGAGUGGCAGGAGUGGCAGGAGUGGCAGGAGUGGCAGGAGUGGCAGGAGUGGCAGGAGUGGCAGGAGUGGCAGGAGUGGCAGGAGUGGCAGGAGUGGCAGGAGUGGCAGGAGUGGCAGGAGUGGCAGGAGUGGCAGGAGUGGCAGGAGUGGCAGGAGUGGCAGGAGUGGCAGGAGUGGCAGGAGUGGCAGGAGUGGCAGGAGUGGCAGGAGUGGCAGGAGUGGCAGGAGUGGCAGGAGUGGCAGGAGUGGCAGGAGUGGCAGGAGUGGCAGGAGUGGCAGGAGUGGCAGGAGUGGCAGGAGUGGCAGGAGUGGCAGGAGUGGCAGGAGUGGCAGGAGUGGCAGGAGUGGCAGGAGUGGCAGGAGUGGCAGGAGUGGCAGGAGUGGCAGGAGUGGCAGGAGUGGCAGGAGUGGCAGGAGUGGCAGGAGUGGCAGGAGUGGCAGGAGUGGCAGGAGUGGCAGGAGUGGCAGGAGUGGCAGGAGUGGCAGGAGUGGCAGGAGUGGCAGGAGUGGCAGGAGUGGCAGGAGUGGCAGGAGUGGCAGGAGUGGCAGGAGUGGCAGGAGUGGCAGGAGUGGCAGGAGUGGCAGGAGUGGCAGGAGUGGCAGGAGUGGCAAGGA